CCAGGUAAACCAUUUAAUCCUGGAGAGCCCGUAUCACCAGAAAAUCCUAACAAACCUGGCAAACCAGUAGAACCAGGUGCUCCAGCAAAACCUGUAGAGCCUUGGAUGCCUGGAUUACCCUUGGAACCAGUAGAACCUCGAAGACCAAGGCUUCCAGUAAAACCAGGUUCACCACGGGGACCAGGUAAGCCAACAUUACCGACCUGCCCAGGUUGUCCAGAAAUUCCAGUAUCUCCUAUUCCACCUGCUGGCCCAGGUAAUCCAGAUAAUCCAUUUGAUCCGGGUUGUCCAUUAUAUCCAGUGUCACCUCUUGAACCAGGAAUUCCAGGUGAGCCUGUAAAACCAAUGCUACCUGGUGAACCUGAUAAACCUGGAUUGCCUGUGAAACCAUUAUCGCCAACAACUCCAGGAUUUCCAAUAACACCAGCAGCUCCUAUAAAUGAUCAAACAACUUUUGCUUUUUAUGAUAAUUUUGAAAAGAGCAAAAAACAAUACAAACCUGGAUUUCCCGGUAAACCAUUUUGCCCUGUAAUUCCAGGUGAUCCUUUAGAACCUAUUGGGCCUAUUGACCCAGGCAAUCCAGGUGUACCUGGAGAACCUGAACUACCAACUGCACCUUGA